GAGAACUGAGAGUUUAGCUUAAUCACUCCACUGGCUGCACAGCCACACACACUGAACGGAGAGUCGGGCAGAAGUCCCAGAUCCACCCUGUACCUCUGGCUACCUGCCACCUGUGGAGGAUAAUUGGUGUUUUUUGUGUUUUUGCUGUCAUAUCUGCAGCAGGUCAUGAAUAGGCUGGCCUUUACAGUGGAGAACGCGGAGCGCAUUGCUGCCGUGGAGAGCCGCUUCGGCCCAUUUGGGAAGCCGCUGGCCAAGCCAGGCCGUGCGCUGGUGGGCGAGGGACAGCUGAUGAAGCUCUGCCGGCGCCGGCCACAACCCAGGAUGUUCUUCCUCUUCAAUGACAUCCUGGUGUAUGGCAGUAGCCUCCUGUCGGGCCGCUGGUGCCAAAAGCAGCAGGUCAUCGCUCUGGAGGAUGUAGUGUUGGAGGACCUGGAGGACGGGUUGGAGAUGAAGAACCAGUGGCUGAUUCGCACACCGCGGAAGUCCUUCUACGUGUCAGCCGCCUCACCCCUGGAAAAGAACGCUUGGAUAGAGCAUAUCUUGGAAUGCCAUGCCCAGAGGCUGCAGAUGACGAGCGCACCCAGCAAUGGUCGGCUGGCUGCCGCAUGGGUCCCAGACUGGGCCUCUGCCAUCUGCAUGCGCUGCUCCAGCAGGUUCACCGUGACCCACCGGCGGCACCACUGCCGACAGUGCGGCUUCGUGGUCUGCAGCAGCUGCUCCCGCAGCCGCUUCGUCCUUGAGAACAUUUCCCGCAAACCAGUGCGCGUCUGCUGCCUGUGCUUCCGCAUGCUGCAGGCCCAGGACGAGGCUGAAGGGCGCGGACGUGGCAGCAGCGGGGGCAGCGGGGGCAGCGAUGGAAAGAACUGGUCCGACGACGAAUAUGCAUCCGUGCCCAUGCAUGAGGAAUCCAGUGACGAGGACAGUGAUGAGGAGGACAUGGAAGAACUGCAGGUCCCACAGAAAGAGCGCCAUAUGUCGUGGUCACCAUACGUCUUAGUAUCGGACUACCAGGGUCAUCGCCUCUGACACACUGGAGGGAUUGAACAUUAAAUAACCGAAGACCAAGGAGUAUUUCUCAUGUAAAUAAGGAGCAACAUUGACACUUCUUCUAAACACUUUAGCAGUACCUCUUUGUAGUAUGGAUUAAACAAACAUUUUGCCGCAUUCAGAAUUACGUUGCACGUUCGCAGUGCUGUGAAUGACUAUUUGAAUUUGGUGUAAACUGGAGCCUGUUUCUGCGUUUCACCAAAUCCAGUUUCUGCACUUUAACUAACCUUUUACCUGCUGAAUUUGAAGAAACAUUUAAAUGAAGAAAAGUUUUACCCAUUUAGAAGCGUUGGCUUGAAGAUGGGCUCUGUGUGCUGAACUGAUGCUGACAAUGAAAAACACACAGAAUGUACUGUACAUAUGAGAAAUGAACACUAGUCACAAUUACCUCUGACACUGCGGGAUCAGACACUUUACACUGACUGUGCAGCGACCAUUACUGCAGUAAAAUGGUGGGUCCCCAUCACAUGAACACUUGGCAUGACACACACCUCCGUAAAGUUGCUGUCCUUUAUCAUGUCCUUCAUCUGUUCCUUCAGUAUGUUUACUUAUUCUGGGUAAUUUUCUAAGAAUGACAGAUAUGUCAUUUGUAGAUGUUGUGUUUGUAGAUGUUAUUAUUUUUUUUUUAUUUAUCUGACUGUACACACCAUGAAAUCCUUGUAUUAAAGAUUAUUAUUUUUUUCAA